AUGAAUAGGCUGAUACAUAAUGAUGAUAAUGAUGAUGAUAAUAAUGAUGGUGAUGAUAAUAAUGGUGAUGAUGAUGUAAGGCACGGAAAUAACAAGCUGAUACAUAAUGAUGAUAAUGAUGAUGAUAAUAAUGAUGGUGAUAAUAAUAAUGGUGAUGAUGAUGUAAGGCACAGAAAUAACAAGCUGAUACAUAAUGAUGAUGAUGAUAAUGAUGAUGAUAAUGAUGGUGAUGAUAAUAAUGGUGAUGAUGAUGAUGAUGCAUGA